CUGAAUCUGUUUUUAAAUUCAACUCAGUUCACCCAGAUUUAUAGAGUUUUAUAUUUAUUAAAGACGAAUCAUGUUUCGAAAUCUGUCCAAAUUCUCGUUGUUAUUUUUGCUUGUUUUCCCUACUGUCAUGCUCGUUGAAAAGCAGGGAUUGGCAUCAGCAGAAGAUGCUGCAGAGGAUGAGGUGAUGAACGAAGAUGAGGGGGAAGCUGUGGAAGAAGAUGAGGAUGAGAGUGUUGUGGAGGAGGAGGGGGAAACGGAGGACCCGAACAUAGCAGCCACUGAAGAAGAGACCGAAGAUGAAGCUGAACCAAUCACAGCUCACAGGGAAGCGGAAACUGCCAUCAUCUUCAAUUCAGGAGCUGAACCAGAGAUCAUUGCAGGGAAGAAGGCAAGCGGGUUGAUCCACUUCUCCAACACUGGGUCAAAUAACUUCAUUAUCACCAGCAUUGAUGGUUCUUUCAGAUAUCCUCAGGAUUUCUCCUACGUAAUUCAAAAUUUCUCAGUGAUCGCUCCUAACAAGAUGAUUGAUGCUGGAAAGGAAGGAUCAUUUCAAUACGACUUCCUGCCUGGUGAGUUGGCAGGUGGACGCUCAUUUGGGCUUCUUAUUAACGUUAACUACAAAGAUACUGAGGAAAAUAUCUAUAAGGAUGCCGUGUACAACCAAACAAUUCAAGUUUUGGAGAAUGAAGAAGGAGUUGAUGCUGAAACCUUCUUCAUGUACAUUAUGUUGAUGGCUCUUGGAUUCCUUGGUCUCUUUGGUUUGUACCAUCUGGUUGGUUCGAAAGGAAGAAAGACAAAGAAGAGACCCGCCUCCACAGUUACUGCUACCUCACCAAAUGGUAAUGCAGUUGAAACUGGAACCAAUGGCCCAGUUGAUUACAAGUGGAUCCCAGAGGAAACUUUAAAAGCGAUGAACAAAGGUUCCCCCUCUCCUGGUCGUUCUCCAAGAAAGCGCCACACGAAAAAAGCAUCUGCCGCUGAGUAAUUCCAAUAUUAAGCAAACUGCAUCGCUGUUUCAAUUAGCACACUUUAUAAAUUUCUACAGAUGGUCAGAAGGCUAGUGGUAUCGAUUGGUUCUUUUUGUUAUUUCGGUUUUGAAUGCAGCACAUUUUCUGAUAUAUAAUUGAAGCGAUUUAAAAAAAACCUAAUUUCUUAAAGGUGUCUGUGCUAUUUAAACACAGAAGUUCAUUGUACAGAAUGAAGCAAAUACUUUAAAAUUUGAAGCAAAUGUUUUUUUUGUAUAUUUUCAAUGGAGACCUAGUUAGUACCUGCUUUUUCAGUUGAUCAACUUGGUGGGAAUGUGCAAUAUCAUUCUGGCUAAUGUUUGCACCAUUUUUUAAUUAUCAAAAUUUGACAAAAAAUAAUUAAUAAUUGUCACGGUUUAGCAAAAAUAUCAUUCGUAAGUUUCGCUGUAAAGUCUCUUUUAUCUCUGUACUUCAUCUUCUGUGAAUCAGCCUUUAUUUCAAUUUGCUUUGCUGGAACUGGGUGUUUGAACUUUGUGUGGUUCGUAAAAAAUAGAACGCGAAACAUCAGUGUAAAGUUUCUAUGAUGACCGAUUCGUCUACCUUUUUCAACUGAAGCUUGAUUUUGCUCUGUUUAUUUGUCGGCAAGCAAUUAUGCAAACUGGUUUUUCUAAAUUAAAUUGAGAAUCGACAAAUAGAAUUAAGAUUUUAGAAAGAUUCCGAUUUGACCAAAUUAAUGACAUCUUGUUUCUAUUUUAAUUAAUUGGUUGCGGUUGUGUGGCAUCUUGUAGUGCA